GCCUGAUUCCUGCGGUAGAGCAUCAGCAACCGGUACCACUGAUGACGCAGCAGUACUAGUUGACGGUUGCUGUCCAUGUUGCUGGCCUAACGGACGGAAUGGUGCAGGAACACCAGCUGUUCAACAACACGGACUGGCAUUCUUUGUUGACUCGCGCUGACCGGCCACUGAAACCACCGAAGGCACUGCACUUGUUGUCGGAAGUUGUCCAACAACACGCACUGGCAAUCCGGGAGGACGGAUGGUACGAGGAAUGGCAACCGAAACCAUCGAUGGCACUGCACUUGUCGUCGGAAGUUGUCCAACAACACGGACUGUCGGAUCAUACUGCACCUGUCCUGCUUCGAUUAAUGCCUCCGCAAAGACAAAAUUAGAGCACGCGUUCCUAUUCCUCAUCCUCCGGCACCGUCUGGAGAAUGUGGGAGUCACUGCUCUAUAAAAACCACCGGACUACCACAAACUGGAAACAGCGGAAAACCCCGUGGGUCACCGGCCACCGUGCUAAAUUGAAGCAAAGUUGAACUAAUAUGCCGUGCGAAAAAGCAAAAUAAAUAUUUCAUUUUAAUGUUUAUUAAGCUACACUGACAUUAUAUUUUUCAUCUAAAACGUUUUUGAUGUGUUUUUUCUCAUCGCGUUUAGGCGUCGUGUAUCAGAUCGCAACUGCUAAUAAUUUCGUCGUCUGAGGCGGACUGUUAUGGAGGUACAAAAUCUUCAGUGAUGCGUUCACGCAUCUACGAGCCGGUAAUUGGCGGUAUCCAGAUCAUCGUCGUACUGUUGACUUACCUAAGCUACCGAAAUUAGCGACAGUGUAAAAUGUAAGAGAAAGACAAAUUGACGAUAUAAUUAAAAUUAAUGGUUUACAUGGUGUCGAAGCAAAAGAAUACGAUGCUAGGAACUAGGGGCGCCAUAUGGUGUGAGCGAAGCAAAAACAAUACUAAGAACUCUGUAUUUGCUUUGUAAAACAAUGACACAAUAUGAACAGUGUGAAGCCUGCUCGCAAGUGGGAUGAAAAGUUGAACAAAAGACAAUUGUCUGCGCUAAGGCACGUGCGCGCUUUUGGUGGCCGAUCGGCCUUUCUUAGAAUUUCCUAGGUUAAGCGACAAACCAGAGAAGUUUGCUAUCACGAGCGUAUGAAAUCGAAAAUCAGUCCAUCUUUAGCACUCGACGCGAUCGGUCAAAAUAAAUGAAUUGUCACAGCAGUCCAAGUCUAAGUUUUAAUGUUUAAAUUCAAAACAUUUUUUGGUCCUUCUAACCGUAUUCGAACAUUUGGUUACUCGAAACGAAUUCCAACAGCAGUUUUGCUUAGUUUGAUUCGAAACCUAAUGCUAGCUACAAUCACUAUCCGCGAACGUGAUUGUGCACAGUGAAAGUGUUGAUGAACAAUAAGAACAAUGUCAGUGGAACGCACGCCGGUAAAAGUUGCCGAUCUAGUGGGCGACCAAGAGAAAAGUGACACACCAGGUGAACAAUUGCCGUCGACGUCUAAGAUGGAUCUCUCUGACCCGUUCAAAGGUUUCGGAACGGGAAAAAGUGACAUGUUGGAACAUGAAAAGGCUUAAAGAGUGCGCGAUCAUCUCGAUCGAAAGAUGAACCGACUGGAUACCAUUCUAAGCGAUGCGGAUCUGGAAAUUUCCCAGCUUAACGAAUGUGCGGACCGACUUGCGGCGGUGCAGUCGGAAUACGAGAAAGUGCAUGUGAGCAUUUUAGAAGUGUCGGACACAAUCGAAGAAGAGGAAGAAAUUUAUGCACGCUUCGAGACGAAGUUGUAUAAAUUAAUGCGAAACGCAAAGCAGCGAAUCGCAGCUGCUACAGUGAAAGAAGUGUUACCUUCUAACGUUUCGAAGCAAACAUCGCGAGUAAAGCUACCGGAAAUCAAAUUUCCAAAAUUUGACGGUUCUUUGCAAAAUUGGACGACGUUUCGUGAUAAUUUCAAAACGCUGAUAGAUGCGGCGCCGGAGCUAAGUGAAGUGGACAAAUUUACGUAUUUGAUUUCAUGUCUAACGGAAGAUGCAAAGCGCGUGAUAGAAGUGAUAGAAGUUACCACAGCGAAUUACAGCGUUGCCUGGGAUUUACUAUGCACCAGAUAUGAGAACAAAUAUCUAAUAGUGAAAUCUCAUGUGGACUCUAUUUUUGCCAUCUCUCCGAUUAAAAAGGAAUGUCCGGAAUCUAUCAUGCGUCUGGUGGAUGAAUUUGAGCGAAAUUUGAAAAUGUUAGAAAAGCUUGGUGAACGGCCUGAAGGGUGGAGUACGUUGUUAGUGUUUCACUUGUCAUCGUGUUUGGAUCCGGCUACUUUGCGACAGUGGGAAACACAUAAGCGUUCGACUGAAGUUCCUACUUACGACGAGUUAGUGAAGUUUCUCCGAGAUCAUUGUAGAGUGUUACAAUCUGUGGAAUCAGUGAAAUUAGAUCCGUCGGACAAAACCUCAUCACAGUUUCGACGCAAACCGGUCCAGAAGAACACAGCAGCGUAUUCGACAGUGUCCUUAGGUGCAGCGGAAAAGUGUGUUUUUUGUCGUGACGUGAAACAUUCUCCUUACAAGUGCGUUAUAUUCCGAAACAUGGCAGUGAAUGAUCGAAAGGAUUUAGUGAAGAACAAGAAACUGUGUUUCAAUUGUUUAUCAUUGGGUCAUACGGUUAAGGACUGUCCAUCAGGUACAUGCCGUAUUUGCCACAAGAAGCACCACACCAUGUUACACGAACAAUCGAAUGCCAUGCCAGUUCAGGAAGUAUUGCAACAGCAAACGAUACCCGAAUGCCAACCCGGUCCUUCCACUCCAGCUUCGUCUAAUCCAGAAACUCCAGCUUCGUUAAAUCAUUGUUUUGUGAAUGUGCCACCGGCUUCUAAUCAGGUAUCUUCAACGGUCUUGCUUCAAACGGCCGUGGUCAUGGUAUGUGACUGCAACGGAACGCAGUAUUGGGCGCGAGCUCUGCUCGACUCAGCAUCACAAUUGAAUAUUGUGACAGAACGACUAGUACAACGUCUUCGACUCCCUCGCAUCAAGGAAGUACACUCGAUCGGCGGUAUUGGUGAGUCGAAAAUCAUGUCUUACUCAUCGGUCAUGGUGAGCAUCAAGUCAAAUUGCAGUGCUUUUAGAACGACAUCCAAAUUUCAUGUGCUCAGCCAAGUCACAAGAAAUCUACCGCUGUGCUGUGAGAAUUACAGUUGGCUCUAACAAACGUCCGGAAGUCGCAGUGAUUUGGUAACAUCAAGAUCAUCACCACCGCACGAAGCGCAGCAUAUUGACGCAAGCCCAAGCGGACAGCAACCACCUGCAGCAAACGUACGCCGAACGAAUGAUCGUGGUAGACGCGUUAGGAUUGUAAGGCGAUACUUGCGCUCUGAAAAUGCUAGCACAGAUGUUUGGGCCACAGAGGUACGUUCCGAGAUUGUAAAAACAUGCCGGGCCCACAGUUUCAGAUAGACCGUUCUCAUCAAUGCCACACCAUGUACGGUCGGUUAGUUACACUUCAUCACGAAGGACAAUCACAUCUGGGUGACGGAAUGCUGCCAAAACGAUGAAGCUGGCUUAGUCCUCGAUGACGACGCAACUCCUGCACGUUCGUCGUCAUACUAUCAUUUCAACUGGAGGCAUGUUUAAUGAAAAAAACAUGUUGUUUUGGCUUCUCACAAUUACUGGUUAGUGCUGGAAAUCUCCGUGAUAGCCGUUUUCGUGCGCUGAAUUAGGAUACUCAUCAGAGAGAAGCCAGCUCGACUACAACUAGACACCGGAUCGGACAUCACUGUCAUUAACCAGCAACUAUGGAAGCAGUUGGGUAAGCCUCACCUCAACCCACCCAAGGUAAGAGCGAAAGCAGCUAGUGGUGAAGUUUUCGACCUUCAAGGUGAGUUUGAAGCGAACGUGAGCAUUAAUAAUACCACCAAGCAAGCGACAAUUCGCGUGUCAAAAGCUGAUGUGUCAUUGUUCGGGGCAGAUUUAAUUCAUCUUUUCGGCUUGGGGACCGUCCCGAUGGAUAGCUAUUGCAAUCACAUAGGCACAGCUGAACCACGAUCCUGGGAGAAAGAAUUUCCAUCGCUUUUUAGUGGAACGGGCCUGUGCACCAAGGCACAAAUUCACCUACAGCUGCAACAGGGGAGCAGACCAGUUUUUCGACCGAAACGUCCGGUUGUAUACGCGAUGGAAGAUGCUGUAAAUAAGGAGUUGGACCGGCUUGAGAAUCUAGGCAUCAUCAGUUGCUGCGACCAUUCGGAUUGGGCAACACCAGUCGUAGUGGUUCGAAAGGCGAACGGCAAAAUACGGCUUUGCGGAGACUAUAGCACCGGACUCAAUGCAGCAUUACACCCGCACGAAUAUCCGCUUCCUUUACCCCAGGACAUUUUUUUCCAAGCUAUCCCGUUGCGUAAUAUUUUCACAAAGUGAUUUAUCCGAUGCAUUUUUGCAGGUAGAAAUAGAAGCAAAGAACCGACCCCUGCUAACCAUGAAUACGCAUCGUGGUCUGUACCAUUACAACAGGCUUCCUCCAGGCAUAAAAGUGGCCCCGGGUGCCUUUCAGCAGAUUAUGGAUAAAAUGCUCGCCGGGGUAAAUGGAGUAUCUGCUUACAUGGAUGACGUAAUAGUUGGAGGAAAAACACAGGAAGAGCAUGAUGCAGCUCUUGAAGAAACGCUGAAGCGCAUAAGGGACUAUGGGUUUACCAUCCGGAGUGAAAAGUGCGCAUUCAACAAGUCGGAAAUACACUACUUGGGGCAUAUCAUCGACAGCCGAGGCCUACGACCUGACCCGGCAUAGAUCGACGCCAUCAAAAAUUUACCAGCGCCAAAAGAUGUCACAAGCGUUCGAUCAUUCAUCGGUGCGAUAAAUUUUUAUGCCAAGUUUAUCCCCAACAUGCGAAACUUGCGCUACCAACUGGAUAAGUUGCUGCUAGCCGGAAGUGUGUUCCAGUGGACACCCGAAUGUCAGAAAGCUUUCGACCAAUUUAAACCCCUCUUGUCCACGGAGCUCUUGCUCACACACGAUCCAACGCGCGACAUAGUUGUGUCCGCCGAUGCAUCAUCAGUUGGCUUAGGAGCAACGCUAUGCCACAAGUACCCAGGAGGAUCCCUAAAAGUGGUACAACACGCAUCCAGAGCACUCAGCAAGGCGGAGAUUGGUUAUAGCCAAAUCGACAAAGAAGGACUGGCAAUAAUUUUCGCUGUAACCAAAUUUCAUCGCAUGAUAUACGGUCGUCAUUUCACACUGCAGACCGACCACCGACCAUUGGUACGCAUAUUUGGCAGUAAGAAAGGAAUUCCGACAUACACAGCAAACCGACUGCAGAGGUUUGCACUUAUUCUUCAGCUGUAUAACAUGGACAUCGAGUAUGUAGCAACAGGCUCAUUUGGAAACGCCGAUGUGUUAUCUCGGCUCAUACAUCAUCACACCAAACCUGAAGCUGAAUACGUCAUCGCCAGCCUGGAGUUAGAAAACGACUUAAGGUCAGUUGCCAUUAAUGCGCUUAGCUCAUUUCCUUUAUGUUUUAGAGACGUUAAGACAGCUACGCAGACUGACCCCUUGCUCCGGAAAGUCCAUAAGUACGUGCAGGACGGAUGGCCGCAUGAUGUUUCCUUCGGAGCAGAUUUGGCAUGGAACCACAAUAGGAAAGAAUCGCUCUCAACCGUUGAGGCGUGUAUACUUUUCGGGGAGAGAGUGGUCAUCCCGGAGAAACUGCGUUCCCGUUGUUUGCUGCAGCUGCACAAGGGUCAUCCGGGGAUGCAGAGAAUGAAGGCGAUUGCGAGAAGCUACCUGUAUUGGCCAAUGAUCGACGACGAUCUUGUGAGCUACGUGGCAUCUUGUGGAUCCUGUUUGCCGGCCGCUAAAGCACCCCCUCGAGCAACACCAGUUACAUGGCCAACACCAUCGGGCGCCUGGCGUAGAGUACACGUGGACUAUGCUGGGCCACUGGAAGGGUAUUACCUUUUAGUCGUGGUUGACGCUUUCUCCAAGUGGCCUGAAAUCUACAAGACUACGAGUACAACAACAUCUGCCACCAUCUCCAUGUUACGGAACAUUUUUGCUCGCUUCGGUAUGCCUGAAACAUUAGUUAGCGACAACGGUCCGCAAUUUACCAGCGCCUUGUUUGCGGAGUUUUGCAACAGCAGCGGGAUCGAGCACAUCACCACAGCACCGUUCCAUCCGCAAUCAAAUGGACAGGUGGAGCGGUUCGUCGAUACACUGAAACGAGCACUGCGGAAGAUCCAGAGCGACGAAACGUCCCUUGAUGAGGCUCUGGAAUUGUUUCUCAUGACGUUCCGAUCGACACCAAACGCGCAGUUGAGCCAGCAGAAAUCUCCAGCUGAGGAAAUGUUCGGCCGCCCCAUCAGGACAGCACUGGAGCUGUUGCAGCCCCCAUCAUCACACUCACUAUCUCCUUUCUCAUUUAUUUCAGUGCGAAGGUUUUCAACCUGGCGGACUCGUUUCUACAAAAUCUUUCUAUAGAUACUCAUGGAAGUGGAUACCGGGAAAUAUCGUUCGUAGCUGUGGACGCGUUAUGUAUGACAUCAUUGCGAACGAUGGACGUUUACUUCGGCGCCACAUAAACCAAAUCAGGCGUCGUGCGGUAGCCCGUGCACCUGAGGGACAUCAGCUGCCGCUUGAUGUACUGUUAGAGGAAUGGUCUUCUUCUUCUUCCCGACCAGAGCCAACCCAGCCGGAGCUGGAACCAAUCGUAAGCGAGCCAACAGCGCUUCCACCGUCAUCGCCCGCUUAUUCAUCAUUAGCCAUCAUUCAUUAGCGCUGCCGACCUCGACAACCGUCACGAAGGUAGGACCGACCAGCACCUGAUAGAUUUGCCACGCAGGUCUUCUCGAGUAAGAAGACUUCCGCGUCGGCUCGGAGCCUAUCAGCUCAUUUAGCCCUUGGGAGAUGUUGCAGUCAGCCGAGACUGCAGCCUCUUCGCACUCUCGAUGCUUUCCGGGAACUGACAGCAUUCGAUGUGUAGCGAAUAUAGUCGUCUCUCUCACUCUCUCUCGUGCAUGAUCCAUUACGAUCGGGGAUCCUGCGAUGUAACGGAAACUCGGGAUUUUAUCUGCACCAGCAAUAGACGUGGCUAGCGCGCGCGGCACCGUAUUACCUUACUUUUAUAUUUUGAUCGUUUUAUAUAUAUGUUUUGUUAAAGUAAAGUUAAGUCAACAACAACAUAAAACAAAUAACUUAAUAAUAAGCAAUCAUCUGUCCAUAAAUGAAAACAACAAUAGCUGGUAUCGCGAAAGAAUUGGUUUAAAAUUAACAGUCGUUAAAAAUUAA